AUGGGUCAACAACUGUCUUUGACUAAUUUGAAAAUUCCUGAUUUACUGACUGAAAAUAAUCAACAUUCAGAUAAGAUAUUAUCUGAUGGUCGAACAGAAGAUGUUCAUUUGUUUUUACCGUUGGAUAUCAUUAAUUCAAUCAGUAAAAAUUUGAUCUUAUCUCAUGAUCAUGAUCAGAAAAGUUCGAUUGAACUACCAAUUACAAAGCAAACAUUAAUGAAACAAAUUCGAACUGAUCUAUCCUUACUAACGAAUUCACCUGGACUAGAUGCAUUCAAUACGGAAAUUGCAGGAAUAAUUCAACAAGUAUUUGAUCGUGUUGCAACAACAAAUACAACUUUACAAAAUGCAAUGCAAUCGAUCAUUGACAAACAACAACAAUUGAAAAAAUCCCAUGCUGAACAAUUGAAAGAUGAUGCAAAUGCAACUACUUCUAUAUUUGCUCAGCCAUUUGUCGAUUCUUCUAAUUCGGAGACUGUAUCAAAUGAAAAUCAAAAAGAAAAUAAUUCAAUUAAACAAACACGAUUACAUCAAUUUCAAGCUGAACAACUCUCAUUUUUUGCUGUUCAAUCAUUAAUAUCCAUGCUAGUGAUGUUACUCCAAUCAGUACAAAAAUAUGAUUCUACUAUUGUUCAUCGAAUGCUCAUUUUCACAAAUCAACUUGUCGAACAAAUUCCAUUGAAAUAUCUUUCACCAGAUGUUUACAAAAGAUCAAGUAGUUUAUUUAAAUCUUUGAAACCAUUGGUCAAUUACAUCAAUGAAUUCUCGAUUCAAACUGAAAUUAAUCCUGUUGUAGCAAAUCAAUCGAUUAAAAUCUUAUUGAAUUUUUCAAUUAUCAAAGGAUCAUUGAAAGAUGCUUUACCAUUAAUAAGAAAAUUAAUUUUCAAUACAACUGAUAUUUAUGACAUACGAAAAUUAUUCAUAGAAUUGAAUAAAGACCUAACAACAAUGAUAGAUCAAUUCCAGAAAGAAAAACAGAUAUCAACUACACCACAGAAUGCUGCGCAUAGCGACGACGCAGAAGCGGCUGUAUCCACCGAGAAAAUAUCCGAUAUCGAACGAAAUUGUUUAGCCUCAUUGGAAUAUCUCAAAACAAUUCAAGCAUUUCCAAGCACACAAUUAAUAGCAUUAAACGAGAAGAAAUUUACUGGUCAACUCAUAUCUUCAAUAUUACUUGUUCAUAUCGAUUUACACAAUCAACUUCAUGCAAAACCACAAUUCGAACGUGGUUCUAUGGAUAGUUCGUUUUCAUUCGAAUGUGCACCAGAAACAUUCAAAUAUUUAUAUGAAAUAAUCGAACAAUUAACUAUGAUGGAAACAUCAUCGAACGAUAAUCUUGGAUACAUCUUGACUGUUUGUCUACGAUUAUUUGCAACACAUUUAAAAUUUUUAAUCACUUCAAAUAUUGACAAUUUUCAUGAUUUUAUGAACGAAAAUGAUAUUGAAAAAUGGUUCACAUUGAUAUCAAAAUUUGCCUUCGGUGAUAAAUCAGAAGAGAGAAAAAAAGAAGCAUCGGAAGCUUUGAUCUACUUGAUUGACAAGAAACUAUUAUUAUUUCCUAAAAUUUUGACAUUCUUUCAUACAUAUAUCAUGGAAAAUAAACAUCCGAUAUUAAUUGAACAAUUAUUUGAUAAAUUAACUCAAAAUAUAUUCAUAUAUAAAUGGAUCGAAACUCUAUGUGAUGAUCGUAACAUUCAAGAUAGAGAAUUGGCAUAUACAGUCUUACAUUCAUUCAUUGAUAUUGUCUUAAAACCAAGCUCGAUGGAUGUUAAAAAAGUCAAUCAAAUACGCGAAAUCAUACUCAUGUUUCAAGAAUUGUUAUUAGUUCAUUUGAAUAAUCAACCGAUUGAUGUAUCCGAUGAACUCGAAUCAUCUGGUCUAUCAACACUUGGCAUGAAAUAUACAACACAUGUAAUUAAAUAUUGUAUCCAACAACGAGUUAAAAGUGUUUUGCUAGAGCCACUUCUCCUUGGUCUAUGUACUCUUACGGAAUCAAAAUUUAACUUUGCUAACAUACAACCAAUAUUUACUGCUAUUCUACCUGUAUUUGCUGAAUACUUAACACAAACAACAAUCGAUGUAGAUGAUAAAAAUAUCUAUUUAAUUUCAUGGCUAUUUGGAAAAAUGAUUUAUCGAUUAAUUGUUGGUCCACCUGAAAGUCCAUUAGAGAAAAAAUAUAAUACUACAUUGAAAUUACCAUUAUUUUCUGGUGGAUAUGAAACGUUAACAACAGUCAAUAAUCCGUAUUUAUCGAAUUUAUUCAAAUCUGAUUUAAUUACUUACAGUCAAUUUGUAGUACCUUGUCGACGACAACAAUCCGUAUUAGACAAUGCUUUUUUACUCUCAGUUUAUAAUAAUCUUGAUCAAGGUGCACAAUUGAUUUCAAAAAUGAAAUUAUUCACUCGAGAUAAACAACAUAUCUUACAAAAAUCAAUUGAAUCGAAUGCUAAUGAUACAUGUGCUGCAGUAUUUGCAGUUUAUAUCAAACAUUAUCGUCGUAUUGAUCUAGCUCAACAUGAAUUAACUCAACCAAUCGAUCAAAAACCACAUGCUAAACUUCUCUCACUAUAUGAAUAUGCCAAUCAAGUACGAACGAUUUUUGCUACGACGAAAGCUCAAGGUGGUGAUUGUAAUGAACUAUAUAAAAGAAUUAAGAGUGAUGCAUUAUUAUUACUCGUAUCGGUCAAAGAAAGUUCUUUCAUAUCAACAUAUAAAGAAGAUUUCUCAUUACCAAUAAUUGCUACCCAUCAAUCUAAAUUACAGCGACAAAAAUCACGUUGGACAAAAGCAAAAUAUAUUAUUCGAUUACUUCGUAAUGCAUUGAAUGCAUGUAUACGAUUAAAAUAUUUGAUGUUGGCAAAAAAACAAGCCGUUGAACAAAAGAAGGACAGUGAAAGUGUCAUGCAUCGAGCUAUUACUAGUUGUCUAUAUGGAAAUGAUACAUUGACAUCUGUAGUAAAUAGUGAAUUGAAAAUUCAAUCUGAUGAAGUUGUUAAAUGUUUGAUUCGACAAUAUCAAAGAGCUAUGACUAGAUGGAUUACAUAUAUAUUUAUUUAUCGAUUUAUCGAACAAGUAACCACUAUUAAAGAUAAUAAUCAAAUUUUAAAUAUUCUAAUUAUGAAUUUAACGAACUUGAAAGGUAAUAAUUUAGAUUGGCAUUAUAUCGAAAAUAUUCAAGCAUCAAAUAAUCAAUUGAAAGAAGCUAUUGGACAUCAAUACUAUUUAAUUGUCAAAAAAGUAUUAUCAUUUUUAAGCGAAUCUACGUUUGAAUUUCAAAUGAAAACAGUGUUUAUGUCUUGUUUAUUUAAUCUAUUAAAUCUAUCGUAUGAUUCGAUGGAUUUAUGUCAUUUUAAUCAUUUUCAAUUUAUUCAAGAACUAUUUCAUUCCUUUGUUAGAUUUGCUCAAAUGGAUUCGACUACUGUCAUUUCAAAGGAUAUGAAACUUAUGGCAUUCAACUGGUUUCGUCUACUUGUAUUGAAAUUAUGUGAAAAUAUUAAAAUAGAAGAAUUGCGAAGUACACAUUUUGGUAGUCGAAAAUUUCAUCAUAUUUUACAACAACAACGUGAUUUGAUCUUUAACAAGUUAAUUUUAACUGAACUCAAAGAAUUGCAACAGAAUAAAUCAACAUCCGAAAAAGAAAACGAAAAUCCAUCAUUGAAAAAUGCUGCCGUCAGCUAUUUUAUUUCAUCAUCAACGUUUGAUAUCGAUGCUUGUAUCAAUCAAUAUUUAAUGCUUCUACUUCGAUGUGUUCAUUUGUAUGAUCAUAUUCGAUCAAAUUGUGCUACAAUGGAAUGUAUUCAACAACUAUUGAAUUUAUAUCAUCAAAGUCAACUUCUUAAUACUCGUCUAUUAACGUUAAAAAUUCUACGUAAUCUAUUAGUAUUCUUACCAGACAAUACUAACGAAAUAACAUGUCGUUGUUUCGUUGAGAAAUUUCUAACGGAUAUUUUAUUUUCUAUCGGGCAAAAUUUUAAUAGUAUAUCGGAAACAAAUAAAUUAGAUCUUGAUAUUGUCAUUGAAUUUAUCUAUAUCUAUCGUACAAUAAUGUCACAAAAUUCACCAUGGCAAAAAAUGGCAACUAAAUUAAUUAUCAAUGCAAUUCAAUCAAGUACAAAUUUCAAUUUUACAUCGUUAGAAUCUAUUGAUAUACAACAAAUGAAUUUCCUUCUUGCAUCAUUAUGUAUCUUAGGUGGUUAUAUUGAACCAUAUUGUUUAGGAUCAACGGUAGAAGUGUACUCCGUUGAUAAAAAUAUCCAUGAAUCAGAAUCGGCAACUAUCAUUGAAAUCGAUAAAAAUGCUCUUGAAUCGGAUUCAUCUGAUGUUACACCGUAUCUCGUACAAUAUGCUGCAACAAAUCAUACUCAAUCGGUUUCAUCAAAUCAAUUACAUAUCAUUACCAAUGUUCUACCACCGAAUCCGUCCCUUUUACCAAUAGAUAAUGUAGUUCAUACUAUUCUUGAUACAUUAGGCUUUCUUGCGCAAAUUGAUACAUCGAAAACUGACGCAUUAUUGUUAUUACAAAUCAAACGUUGUGCUAUAAUAGCAUUCUAUUCAUUAUUAAAUGAUAAAUCAAUUGUUGACAUUUUCAUGCAAAAAUCUUAUGCAUCUCUUAUUGCUAAACUAGCGAUAUCGAUUGACAAUCAUGAUUCAACUCAUAGUAAAAAAUCAAAUGAUUUACGAUUGUUUGAUCGAUUACAUCUAGAACAAUAUAGUUUAAGUUUAGAUAAAUGCGAGAGAACAAAACAAAUUGUAGAAGAUAAACCUGAAAUUAUUCGUAGUAUAAACGGAUGGAAUUCGAUAAAAAUAAAUCGUGAUCCUGUCAUUCUACAAAAUCUAUCAACAUCGAGUUCGAUAGAUGAAGGAUGGAAACCGAUUGUAUUUAAAAAUGAAAUACAAACUUAUAAACGAGGUAAAAUUGGAAAUGAUGAAAUUCAUAUUGUUUCUCGACCUACCAAUGAUACUCUACCAGCCUUAGAAGAAUGCGGUAAUAACCACAAAUUUAAAGGAAGAGUUAACAUAACCGAUGAUAAUGGAAAUAUUCGUUAUCCGACAUUUAUUGUUGAUGGUAUAGAAUUGAAUGAAGGUAAAUGGUACUUUUGCGUUAAAUUUCUGCUAGGUGGUCAAGCACAAAUUGGCUGGGCAACGAACGGAUUUACUCCUGUACCAGAUAGUUCACAAGGCAUUGGCGAUGAUCAAUAUUCUUGGGGGUAUGAUGGAUCACAAGGAGUUUGCCAUCAUAAUCAACAAACUAGUUUUCAUGAUGAAAUUCGUUGGAAUGCAGAUGAUGUAUGUGGUUGUGGUAUUGAAAUCGAUGGCGAAAAUACUACUAUCAAAUAUUGGUUAAAUGAUCAAUUUUUAGGUACGGCAUUUUCACAUUCGGAAAAUACUACUAUUCAAUCAACCAUCAAAACAAAUUUGUUACCCAACGGACUUAGUACUACCUAUUUUCCUGGUGUUACUGUUCAAGUCUAUAAUAAUGUGGCGAAUACAGGUGCUGUUGAAUUUAUAUUUAGUCCAGAAGAUAUGAUUCAAUGUCCCUUACCGAAAGGUUACAAACCGUUAUUAAUGCCAAAAUUAGUGACAAUGGAAAAUGUCCUAGUAGCUUAUCCAUAUAGUGCCUAUCUUAUUGGUAAUGAUAUUCAUCAAUAUUUCUAUACGAAUCGGUGUCUGAAGAACGACAAUUCUACUGACAUGAAAACUUCUUUGGUGAGGGAUUUUGUUAAUGAUCAUCAUUUAGAAGUUCCAUUCAAUAUCGAUUUGAUAACAACUGAUCAUCAUCUAUUGAAAUUAUCAGAAGAUAGUGAUGGUUUUCCAUUGUCGAUUGAUAAUCAUCAAUCAUUGACUAUUAGUUUUGAUUUUGAAAUUAUUCCAACGGAUGAAAUGGAAAAUCGUCCUGAUGAACUUGAUAUUAUAUUAUUCACCUUAGAGAACGAAAUAUUUUCUAUUCGAAUAAAUAUGAAUGAUAUGAAUGAUGAUUUUAUUGAUGAAACAAUCAAAUAUCGACAACGUGUUGCUAUUCUAUUUCAAACAAACGAACAAACAAAAGUCUACAUCAAUAAUAAACUUCAAACAUUGAAUUAUUGUCAUAGUUUUGAGCCGACAAUAAAAUCAAAACUCAUUCUACAACUUUUGCCAUAUCAAAAUGUGGGAAUUCGAAAUUUGGGCGUAUGGAAGUAUACACUAUCGGAAGAACUUAUACGACGUCUCUUCACAUAUGGUCUUUUGUAUGUUGCUGUCGAUUAUCAAAAAUUGAAUGAAUAUCGACAACAAGCAAAUACAUUCAUAUUUAUGGCAGAACAAAAAUAUUUUAUAAAUGAAGCUCUAAUUCCAUUCAUUGAACCAUUUGAAGAGAACUUAUGGAAAAGAAGAAAACAAUGUGUUGAUCAUAAUGAAUCGAUCUAUUUUAAGACAAUAUCAGGCACUAACCAAUCGGUCGUACAAUUGUUCGGAAAUAAAACUUAUCUAGUUUUAAACACGGCAAAUCAAGUAUGGUCUGAAUAUAUAUUGAUUCUCGAUAUUUCUAUACCCAAUUUUCCAUCAACAAAUAAUCCAUCAGCUACGUCGAAUAAUGAAACGCGGUUGACAUUAUUAACAUUAGAUACACAAUCAGAAAUUUUUCUAACACACGACGGUCAUAUUUGUCUAUCGGGAGGACAUCAAAGUUCGUCAAUAGUCAAAUUAAAAGACUAUAUGCGCUUGCUCAUUUCUGUUCAACAGAAAUCUGUUCAUAUCUAUGUCAACAGUUUAUUAGAACUUAAUGCAACAAUUACAGAUGAUCAAUUUGCAACGAAAUUGAAACGUAUUGAUCUGUUUCGAGAGAUAGAUUUGACUAAGAACACUACCAGUGAUGAUCAAUUACGAAUUGAAUGUCGAUCGAUAACAUUUUCGAAUAAAUCAACCGAUACAAUCCGUCCUUCAUUGGCAAAAUUGAUCCAAUCAACGGAAUAUUCCUUAGAUCAAUUAGUUGCUCCGCCGUUAUGCAUUCUAUCAACAAGUCUUAUCGGCAUUGGUUACAAAGAAGAAUCAAUUAAAUACGUAAUGAAACAACAUAAUACGACAAAUAUUCAUUUUAUCGAUACCAUUCUACGAGAACAAAGUCAAGAAAUAGAAAAAAUACACCGAGAUGAGCAGCGACAGAAAAAAAUCAAUAUAUUAACACGAUUAAAUUCCUAUGACGAAAAUGGAACAUUAUCAAUGUUAAUAAAGUUUGGCAAUGAUACAAACGAUUUGUCAAUGUCGACAUUAUCUAAUGGCAUGUCACCUGAUGGUGAUAAUGAUAUGACAUCCGAAAAGGAAUGGUAUCGUAAAACUGUUCGUGAUGUAGGUAUUAAUGAAAAACUAACUGAAUGGAUGCGAGAUAAAACAGAGACAAGUCAAUUAACAAUGGAUGAUCCUCGUUAUAAAUUUGUUGAUUUAACUAAACCAGAUUUUGAAGACACGAUAAUUGAUAAUGAAUUAAGAAAGAAAAUGAAAAUAUCAUUACAUUAUUCAUAUCGACAAAUACCACGAAAAACAUAUAUUCAUUCACGUACAAAUUGUGAAUAUGGACUAAUAAUGAUUUAUACACGUUAUACAAUAUUGAAUAUGUUAAAAGUCUGGUUUACUGAUGAUCAUCAAAGUUUAUUUCCACUUGAUAAAUUUGGUGAUGGAAAUUUUAUUAUACAAUUAUUCCGAUUGAUGGAUUACCAUCAUACAUGUAUACGUACACAUGUAGAUGAAACUAUCAAUAGAAUGAAAUUGUUGACCAUGUCGAUAUUAAAAUUUGAAUUAAAAGAAAUAUUAAAAUCUAUGAUAGAUAAACCAAUUACUGAAGAUAUAUUGACUAGAAAAGCUCCACUAUUCUAUCAAUUACAAAAACAUGUUGUUGAAGAAUUGAUUCAUUUUCUUGCUGAACCAUCUUUAAUCGUUAUGAAUAAUUAUAACGAUGAAACUAUUGAUGAACAAAUGUUAAUUAAACAAUCAAAUUUAGAUUUUCUUUUAAAUAUUGUGAAUCUCUCUUUGGAAUUAUUGACCGAUUUUGAGAUGGCAAAAUACAAUAUCGAUCUGAUGAUUCGAUUACUAUUUCCACCAUUAUUUAUCAAGAUGCUAUUCGACCUUUUUUUAUUAGUACCGUCACAUCAAUCUAAAAUAUUCAUUCUUCAUGUUUAUACUACAUUGACUCAAAGAAGUGAGAAUUUCAGACUUCACAGCAAUAUUCAACAUUUUAUUCUACAGCUUUUUAUUGAACUAACAACAAACAAAGCAUGCCUAGAUAAUAUAGCAUUGAAAAAUUUUCGAAUUGCUAUCAUGGAUUUAGCAUUUACUCUAUUCGGAAGAGAAAAAGAUUUGAUUUUAACAUUAAAUGAAUGUUCAACAGAAGCACGUGAUGUAUCGAUAAUUCUCGAUGUUAUCAAUGUUUUAACGAACAAAACAAAACAAUGCCACUGGCCUGAAUCACUUUUUAGUCAAUCGAAUGCUAUUUUAGGCGAAAAACUUCCAUUGACCAAAGAAAUGGUUGACAAAGCUCAUGUUUAUUUCAAUAUGACAGCUGAUGAACAAUUAAUGCAAUUUAUGAAUCAAAAUAUUAAUCUCGAUUGGAAGCCAUUACCACAUGAGUCACUUAAUCAAUUUAUUGAAACUCUACCAGCCGAGUCUGUUCCUGAUUCAACUAAAUAUCAAUCAUUUAGUUAUUUACGUGAUAUACCAUCGGUACAUAUACAAACAUGGGCUAAACUUUUCUAUUUAUUCAAUAUAUUCAUUGAAAAAGUCUUACCAAUAAUUGAUUUGAGCUUACCACCAGGUAGUAGUACUCUUACAGAUCGAAUUCGAGCAGCACGAAAUUAUAUUUUAUAUACAACAAAAUUUCAAUUGUUUAGUGAUACUUUAGCUAAAACUGCAUCUAGUGCAGGAUCAUCACAAGAAGAUGUAAAAUUUGAUACUGUAAAAGCUAGUCUUGCUGAGCAUCCUGAAGAUACAAUGUUUUAUCAAGGAUAUAAACAAAUGUAUCCUAAUGCAUCUCAAACAUUUCGACGAACAAGUGACGAAAGAGUUUGGACGGCUGUUUUUAUCGGUAUGUAUAGUAGUGAUGGAGGUGGACCCUUUAGAGAUUCAAUAACACGUAUGUGUGGCGAACUAUGUAGUACAAAAUUACCAUUAUUUAUUCUUUGUCCUAAUGGGCGAACGAAUAGUGGUUCAAAUCGUGAUCGAUGGAUUCCGAAUGUUUUUUCACCAGAUCGACCCAUACCCGAUGAAUUAAAAAAUCAAUAUGGUUUUGUUGGACAACUAAUGGGCAUGGCAAUACGUACAAGAAACUUUUUAGAUAUUCGAUUUCCGAUUUUACUCUGGAAGCAACUAGUACAAGAGAAAGUUACAAUCGAAGAUAUUGAAGCUAUUGACAUAUCAAGUUUUUCUAUUAUCAAUCAAAUGGAAGAAAAUAUUAAACAAGUAAAAAUCCUCAAUGAAUCAGAAGAUGGUGAUGCGCACACCGAUUGUGAUUAUUUAUUUAGUAGUAUCAUGAGUGAACUAGCAUUUGAUGUUGUUAGUUCAGCUGGACAAACUUAUGAACUUAUUCCUGGUGGUUUUCAUGUUCCUAUUACUGCUGCUAAUUUCGAAGAUUAUUGUAUACGCUAUCGUCAAUAUCGUGUCGAUGAAUUUCAUCGACAAAUUGAUUUUAUUCGUCAAGGUCUAUAUAGUGUUGUACCAUCGGCUUAUUUAACUCUGUUUACUGCAAAUGAAUUAGAAGAAGCCGUUUGCGGUAAAGGUUAUAUUGAUAUUGAAAUGUUGAAACGUCAUACAUACUACAGUAGUGAUAGUGAAACUGCACCAUAUAUUGUUCGAUUUUGGUCUGUUUUAAGUGAGAUGUUUAGUGAAGAACAGAAAAAAUUAUUUUUAAUAUUUGUUUGGGGACGAAGUACAUUACCGAAUAGAGACGAAGAUUUUUCAGCGAAUCUGCAAAUAUCUCGCCUGGAAACAACUGGUAAUGUCGAUGAUACUCUUCCGAGUAAGUUUAUUGAAAAUUUGAUAUCUAUCAAAUAA